CCAAGUCGAUACCCGAAAAACGAUGGCAAGACAUAAUUUUCCUUUCCAAUUUUUCGUAUCUUUCUCUUCAUUCAGCACCGAUUCAACACUGCAUUUUAUGGCGUGAACAGAGCAUUUUGAACAAUAAAAGAUACCAAAUAGAUCAACCUAAGUACUUUGGUCUAAAAGUCUUUCGUUCGCUGUCGACAGUGUUUCUCGUAUGAGGCUCUGUGCUUGCUGUGCUUCUGUCAUCAGUUUUCCUGUUUAUCCGAAAGAACACUUUCAAAAUCCCAAACAUAAUUGUUUUUGAGGUAGAGCGUUGGCUUUAGCAUGCAAGUUGAGUUGGCUCCGGUAAAGGAAGGGAGCGUCAAAGAAAGAGAGUGACACUGAUAGAAUAAACAUCCUCAAAGACAAAUCUUGCAAGAUAUGAAGAAGCAGCAGUGCAGUGAAGAAUCCAAGAAGAAGGAACGUCACAUUGUAACUUGGACUCGAGAGGAGGAUGAUAUACUUAGAGAGCAGAUUGGUAUUCAUGGAACUGAAAAUUGGGCAAUUAUUGCAUCUAAAUUCGAGGACAAAACGACAAGACAGUGCAGAAGGAGAUGGUACACUUACUUAAACUCUGAUUUUAAGAGAGGUGGAUGGUCACCUGAGGAAGACAGGCUCUUAUGUGAGGCUCAAAAACUAUUUGGUAACAGAUGGACUGAAAUAGCAAAGGUGGUUUCAGGCAGAACGGAUAAUGCUGUGAAAAACCGGUUCUCCACACUAUGCAGAAAAAGAGAAAAAAUUGCAGCUUUAGCCAAAGAGAACAGCACUUCAUACAUCAAUUCAAAUAACAAGAGGAUUAUUUUUCCAAAUGGUUAUAAUACAGAUGCAACCUUAAAAUCUGCAGUACCUAUUAAGAAGAUGAGGAGGGCCCAUAUUCCUGAUGAUACAGAAAAGAUCAAAUUUGAGGACAGAUCACAUUUAAGAAAUAAAGUUCAAGUAAAUCAGCAGCCAAGCCCAAGAACACCAUUUGCAGUAUUAGCUGAAAAUUCCCUUAAUGCAAACAAUUUGCCAGACCAGCAUGAUGUUUGCGCUUCCAAGUUUAACGGUUCGGCCCAAAAUAACAAUAUUCAAGGAACAUUCCUCAAAAAGGAUGACAUGGACCCAAGUUUUGAAAAUGCAAGAAAGGUUCUUAAAGAGUUUCUGAACAUAACCAAAGAAUCAGAUAUUGCUGGACAUAAGAUUCCAGAGGUACCACUUGUAGAUCUUAAAGAAUUGAUUGAGGACUUGAAGAGUGGUAAUAAGGAAGGCCAGCCUUGUUGGAGGCAAGUGGAAUGCUAUGAAGACUCUCCAGGCAGUUCUGAAUACAGUACAGGAUCAACUCUCCUGCCAUGGUCAGCUCGUAAUACUUUGGAGCACUCAUUGCAUCAGGGUAUUGGAAUUGAAAUGAAGUCUAGACAAUUUGGAGAUGAAAAAGGAGUAGGUGGAGGUGAGAAAGGGGUGCAUUCUACCACAAAUGUAGAUCAAAGAAAGAAACUUCUUAAGGAAAACACUAGGGAUGGAAUCUCCAUCCAUCAAGGCAAGUGCCAACCCGUCACAACCGCCACCCUGCAAAAGAGCCUUACUACCUAGUCUACAAUCCAUCUGAGAGAGAAAUACCGAUUGGUACAUUCCCCUUUCCAAGUCGUUCAUUCUUAUCCUUGGUGCUAGUGUGGCUUGUGGGAGAUCUUCUCUGCCUCGUUUAAGAAAACAACAUUAUCAUACAUUCUUGUCAUCUUCAACAUAUCUAUCGUCAUCUUUUUCCUCCUCCCCUUCACUCAAAAUUACCUUUUUGAUGCUUGCACAUAAAAUUGUCGUGCUUAGUGUAUCAUUCUUUGGUUUGUUUUCUUUUGAUAUUGUUCUGGGUUUGUUUUUCUCCAAUCCAGCCUUUUGUCUUGUUUUUUGUUUGUACAGAGCCUACUGUGUAAUUACUAGCAUUCUGAGUGAGUAUGUAUAGAUUAGCAUUUCGCUUAUCCUACUACAUAUAAUGAACAGAAACAUAGAAGAGUGACACAGAAUCUUAACCAUGGGCAACUUGGAUUCUUCUUUGUUGUUUUGGGUUGUAUUAUAAAUAUUUUUUCCCUUUGGAUUCUGAUGUACUGAAACUUAAUUAUAAUAGAGU